GCGGCGCUUCCGCUUCCCGCUGCCGGGGGCGCUUCCUCCACCGGCGCGGGCCGCCAUGGCCAGCUUCACCAAGGCGGCCCAGCAAUGGGCGACCUUCGCCCGGGCCUGGUACCUCCUGGACGCGAAGAUGCAGCCGCCAGGGAAGAUCGCGGCUGUGACCGCGGUGAGGCUCGAAGGCAGGCACAAGCCCAUCUAUCACGCGCUCACUGCAAAACACCACAGAAUCUUGGAGCGACUCUUAAUUCUGCAGAAGGUGCAGGUGACUGUGGAGAUCAUGUUGUCAUAAUAAAUACAAGGCAUAUUGCCUUUUCUGGUAACAAAUGGGAACAGAAAGUAUACUCUUCACAUACUGGAUAUCCUGGUGGUUUCAAACAAGUGACAGCAACUCAGCUCCAUAUGAAGGAUCCAACUGCUAUUGUUAAACUGACUAUUUAUAGAAUGCUUCCAAAAAACCUUCAGAGAAGAACUUUGAUGCAGAGGUUGCACCUGUUCCCAGAUGAUGUUAUCCCAGAAGAUAUACAGAAAAAUCUGGUGGAGGAGCUUCCUCAGCCACGCGCAGUCCCUAAGAGGUUAGAUGAAUAUACGCCAGAAGAAAUUGCUGCCUUUCCAAUGGUUUGGACUCCAUGCACGAGGUUGUUACCUCGCGGACGGCUCCCGGGGGCACCAGCACAGCAUUGCCCGACACACCUUGGCAGCAGCGGCUUUGCAGCAGCAGCAGUGUCGAGACAAAACUGCAUGUAGAGAACCGGUCCUCUACAGGAUUUACUUGUAAUUCAAAACAAAGGUGCACACACAGUUCCUUUUAUAUACCAACAGCUCUCACUGCUUAAGCCAGACAGAUGCAAUUAAGAAAUCCCAAUAAUAAAUAUUACAGAUGUCUGUAUCUGUUUCACAUGUAUUUAUAAGAUUUGUAUUCCUUUCAGGGGAAAAUUGAGCAACAUUCCUUUGUUUCUGUCACAUGUUUAACAGAAACACAAUUUUUAGUGAAAUUUCUUAAUGUUAGUCAGCUUUUGCUUGCAAAUCCUUGUAAUAGAAGGCAAAAGUUAGGCUAGACAAAUGUCAGAGUUAAGUAAAAAACCUGAGUAGAUAUAUAUAAUACAUAUUUAUGCUUGCACAUCCACACACACAGUAUUCAUACUGAAUUGCAUUGAUGCUGAAUAUUAAAGAUGGGGUAUGAAGCCUUUCAUUUAUGGAAUAUUUUUCCUCUGCUUUCAGUAAUUAAACUUAGUGAAGCAUGUGUUAACAUGAGGGUUGACUACAUCCCUUGGAUGUUUUCCUUGUCUGGCAGUCAACGUACAGGUGCUGAAUAAACAUUUAAGUGGAUUCCAAAAAAGGAAGUGUAGGUCUAUAAAUGGCUAUUAAAUAUGAUUUUCUAAAUGUGACUGCUGGCUCAGGAAGUCCUAAAUAGUACUGUGAAUUUAUCCUAUUUCUUGUAUUUUUUUCCCCCUGUGAAUCUGUUACUGCGCUGACAGAACUUUGAUGUGACCUAGAAUGGCAGAUCUUACAUGUGUUUAUUAAAUAAAUGAAUAGUUGCUCAUCAGUCUAGAAAGUUUUCAGCAGCCCUUUGAUGAUAAAAUUUGAAAUGUAUUGAUUUUUUAAUACUGUGCUUCCUUUAAGUGUCAAACACAAAUAGUUGUUAAGUAUUAAGCAAGCAGACCACAGUUUUGGUCUGGAGCCUUCUAGAUGAUCAAUACAGAUGACUUGUCCUCUUUGGGUCACUUUUGGUAUUUAGAAUUUAAUGUAUUUUUGGUAAAGAAAGUUUAAACAUCUGGUGAAUGUUGUAUGGAGGACACUUAUAAGGAGUGUGCAAAAAAGAAAAAGAGCAUGUUUGUUUAGGUAUCAAACUAGAUGCUCGGUUGUGAUAGUGCUUGCUUAAUGUGAGUUGCCUUAGCCUUUGUUCUAAAACAGGGGAAGGACAUUAACAGCAUAAAAAGAACAGGAUUUCUGAAAUUAUUUGUGUUGUGCCACACUCCUCCUGUGUUAUCAUGAAUGCGGGUAAUACUUUAAACACUACUUCAAAAAUCAGGUGUCCUUAGGCUCCUGAGCCUUGAUGAUUCUAACAUAAAGUCUGUGCAGAAGUGAAAUAUAAUCUGAGGCACAUUAGUGUAGCCACAGUUGUAAUGGAGCUAAGUCCUGUAAUGCGUUAAACAAGACUAGUAGCAACCAUCUGUUUUCUCACCCUCUCUUUAGGGUGGAAACAAGCAGAUUGGUUUUGGCUUUUUCCAGAUAUACAGAUUGCUAUUUUGUUUUUUAAAAAGGCAAGAUUAUCCCCUCUGCUAGAUGGAGUGGAAAAUGCUGAGAUUCUUUUGCCUGCAGUUCCUGUGAGAUUAAUUUGACCUCUGCACAAAUGACCAGAAUUGUACAGUGCGUUAGAGUAAAGUUGAUAAACUUCACAUGCUGUAUUAUACUCUCACAUAACAGUCUUAAGUACCAACACUCAUGAAGAUUGUUACAUGAAACAGCUGAACUGUUCCUAUUGAACAGGAAUCUGGCAGUUAACUUGAACUAGCUAACUGAGAGUGUCACUGCUGUCAGAGGGAAUGGUGCUGCAUUGCCAGAUUUGGAAACGCUUUCCUUUGUCCUCCCGCGGUGCUGUAGUCUUGCUGGAGUUCAUCUUCUUAGUGCUGGGCCACCUUAAUUGUGUUGACAGAUAGUCCUAUAUGGUAGAGGAUAAGUAAACCUUGAUGCCAUCUAAUUUAGUCAUUGCUGUCAAUGUAAAUCUCCUAAUAGCUUCAUGUUAGCAUUGAGAAGAUGACUUGAGCAUGUUGAUUCUUGGGAAAAUCUGCAAAUAAGAAGACUCUCUUGAAGCCAGAAUUGCCUUCCUCAUUUGCUGGAGGCAUUCACUCAGAAGGAAUCCAGAGAAUCGAGUAAACAUGUACCCCUUUUUUCCUAUUUCUCUGCUCUGCAGGGUUGUCCUGAUAGAUGUUUGAAAAGUGCUAUCUGUGUGCAGUUGGGGUUUUUUUGUUUGUCUGUUUGUUUUAAAUCCCUGCCAGUUAGAGAGGUUGGGGAGUGCUUUACACAAGAGAGACACAAAGGCUUACCUGGCUGGUUGACUGCCACACCUGCUGCUGCCUUAGAAGCCCUGCAGCUGCAGCAGAUUUGGGUGCUUUGAACUGAGAAGACAGUAGUGUUUCCUCUGUGGGAUGAGUGGGUAACUCAGGUGCAUGUUCUGGUGAGAAGAAGCAGGGAAUAGCUGGACUUGUGGGUGAAUGUAAGUUUGCUGUGCAACAAAAGAGCAUUAGAAGACAAAUGAUGGCUAGAGUUAGUGGGCUAUAGGUGGGACAGGGAGAAACACAGGGAAAUUUGAGAGAACUUUAGGGCUCUGAGUGGAGAGACUGGGCCAGAAGUUUCCUUUCAAUCACCUACUCUAGCAGGGACCUGUUUUGAAAGCAAGAGUACAUUCCUAACGCUGCAGCCAUACCUUCGCUUUAUACAACUAUUGGAUUAUAGUCCUACUUUCUUUUCUGCUCUCAGGAAUUGGUAAGUUCUCAUACAGAGAUUAAGAAUGAGAAUGAUUAUCUGCCAUCCCUCCGCUAGCCGCAGGGCUCAUCACCGUAGUCAGUGUUGCAAUCUUAGCUUCUUGUCUUAGCCUGCCUCCAGACUACUUUGGAUGUCAGAUACUAGUGUCAGCUAGAUGAGUUUUAAUUUAACCUUCAGCUCACUUCUUGAUGCUGGGCAGAGUUUCCAAUUUGAAGUAAUGAGAAAAAAGUAAUGCUUUUUCCUUUUUCCUGACAGAGGGAAUUUAAUAUAUUUCAGUGAUUCUGCAACAUUCACAAUGUUACAGGGACAGGAAUAGAGCAGAUUAGUUGUGAAAUAAAAGAUAUGGAAUUGAGCAAAUUUGUAAAAUAACUUUCUGAUUUGAUAAGUAGAACACAGAAGAAGCCUAUAAAAAGGGAUUUAAAGUGAAUUGUAGUGGUCACUGUUCUCAGAGUAGAGUGCCAGCUGGAACGCCUGAUAAUAGACAGGCACUAAAAGAAAGGCAGUAGGAAUACACAGCUAUAAUAGACUCUGCUGUGCUCUGAACUUUAUUAGUGUGUGUGAGCCCAUGGAAGAGGUAGUGUUUGUAUUAUUGCUUUGAGAGACAAUAGAAGCAAGAAAGAUUUAAGCAUUUACAUAUACUUUAAUGUUUAUAGAGAAAAAGGUUCUUUUAAAAAUGAGUCUAAAAUGGGAUAAAAUACUGUAGGCAGCUUUGUUCAACAAACUGAAAAGAAGCUAGUUAAAAUAUGAUUGUAUAAAUCUAAUAUUCUUUACAAUUUGUAAUGUACCAAAAACCUCAACCAUCUAACCUCAGAUUUUUGUCUGAAAACAUUUUAAAUGUGAAGGAAACAUCAGCUGUUUUUUAGCAAAUAUUCUCAAGCCCCAGUAGGUCUUGAAAUCCAAAUAUUGCAGGAACAUAUGUGUAUCUCCAAAUGCAAAACUGACUUUCUGUCCAGUUCCCAAUCAUUUUAGGCUUUUUUAGUUGACAGUUGCCCAAAGAGGUCAUAGAGGCCUGAUGCCUCCAGCCUCGGAGGUAUUCAGAACUUGACCAGACAAGUCCUUGAGCAACCUGAUCUAAUGCUGGAGAUAGUCCUGCUUUGAGUUUGGGGGAGUUGGAGCAGAUGUGGUCCCUUCCAACCUAAACUAUACUAUGGUUCUUUAUAUAUGAUGAAAGUAAACAAACAGAUGAAAAUUUUAAUAAACCAUGUUUGAAAACCCAAAAGCAUACGUUCUCAAUAGUGUUAGGUCUAUUUAUUUUUUCCUGUGGCUGUUAUUCAUUACCCUGUACUGGAGCCUUAAAGGUCUGGGUGAGAACAUAUGGCACUGAAAUGAGUACCCUUUUCUUGUCUCUGUAUCCUGCAUGUGAACUGCAUUUGGGGUAUCGAAGGGCUGUAUAUUUACUGUUGCAUGCCUUUUGGACUGUGAGUUUCUGCAGGGCCCAUAGGUAGCUUCCAAGCGAUGAGUAGUCCCUACAGUAAAUGAAGGAUACAGAAAGACUGUAAACUCACUCUUUCUUCAUGUCGUUUCAAUAAGUCAUUCUGACUUAUGUGACAUUCUCUAUCCUCCGCUAAGUUUUGAGCCUGUUGACUACUCUGCUUGACAAAGAGGGGAGGAAAAAUCAAAAACUUGCUCCUUUGACUGAGUUUGAUUUGUGGCUUCUUACUGUGAAUGAAUCUGUUAUUUUAAGUUUUUUCAAGGUUUCAGACUGAAUGUUUUUAAAGAGAGCUUUAAACAGAAACCGUCGUUGAAUUCUCCAGGCAGAUAUGACUUAAAAGGACAAUUCUGUUUGUGUACCUGUCUUCUAAAAGCAGGGAUACAUCAGAUUUACAUGAGCUUAAAUUUUCCCAUUACCUACUAUCUGAAAGUUGUCUCUCUCACUGUUUUUAGAUAGUGAACUUUUAAAGACAGGAAAUUGUUUUUGAAGGUGUAGUUUAAAAUUACUUAAAUCAGAAUGUUACCAAAUAUAUAGAAAGACAACUCUGUGGUAUUCCAGUUAGAUGGCUACUUUCCUGAGAGUUUCCCAUAAGGAAAUAAAGCAAGAGUCUGAUUUCUAGGAGUGCCCCGAGUUUGUUGCUGGUGUGUAUACGGAGUGCCUGUUCUACUGCCAGGCCUAACAGGAACUCUCCAUGGGCCUCUCUGUAGGGCAGACAGUCUCCCACUUGUCUUCCUGGGGAAAAAAAAGUCAUUAAACGCUCCUGGUAUUUUUAAAACUUUAUGUAUUGUAAACUCUGAAAUUUGAUUUAAGAAAACCAAACACCUUUUUAAUGUUUAUUUAUUCUGAGCAACUUCCCUGAUUUUCUAGCCCCCUUCUCUACCUCUUGCUUUGAGGCAGGGGGUGGCAGAGCCUAGUCUGAAGACAGAAUUUUGUUUCAGCUGAGCACAGUCCCAGUUACGACAAGCAAAGUCUCAGCUGUGGCACUGUCUGUCCCCCAUAUGCUGAGCGACGGGGUACUUCGGUACCCUGUUGGGGGCAACAGUGACGGGCAGUUUUACUUCAUGGAGAUCUUGAUCUGCUGAUUUCCUCAGACAAUGCUACAGGAAGCCAACACAAAAGGACACUUGCAGUUGAUGUGAAGCCCGUAAAAUGCUUUCUGUUCUGCAAGGAAAGUAUGAGAUAUAAAUGAAAAAUCAGAAACCAUUACUCCAGCUAUCUGAAGAAUCUCAAAGAAAGCUGUGAAGAUCUCAGCCAAAGAUGGUGGGGUCUUGAGCUACUUGUUAAGGACCAUCUCAAGUUUGUUUAUGAGUGUUUAAAAAUUCUGCACUGAAAUAAACAUAUUCCUCCAGUCA